UCUCUUUGCUCAGUGAACAAGAACGCCAACACUGACCAGAAGAAGAGCGAGGAGAAGAAGGAAGAGGAGGACGAGGGUGAAGACGAAGAUGACCCAAAACGCAUGCCUCCCUAUAGUUCCUGCUUCAUAAUGUCUACCACCAACCCGUUUCGGAAGUGCUGUCACUACAUCCUUACUCUGAAGUAUUUUGAGUUCAGCAUCCUGUCUGUCAUCGCUAUGAGCAGCAUCGCCCUUGCAGCAGAGGACCCUGUCAAGCCUGACUCACCAAGAAACAAUGUGCUGCGUUAUUUUGACUACGUUUUCACAGGGGUCUUCACAUUUGAAAUGUUGAUAAAGAUGGUGGUGCUGGGCUUGUUUCUUCACCAAGGGUCUUACUUUCGUGACUUGUGGAACAUUCUGGACUUUAUAGUGGUUAGUGGUGCUCUGGUGGCCUUCGCCUUCACGCCGAGCAGCACCCGGGGGAGCAGCAAAGGCAAAGACAUCAGUACAAUCAAAUCCCUGCGUGUGCUGAGGGUGCUGCGGCCUCUUAAGACCAUCAAGCGUCUCCCCAAGUUAAAGGCAGUUUUUGACUGUGUGGUGAACUCACUGAAGAAUGUGUUGAACAUCUUAAUCGUCUACAUGCUCUUCAUGUUCAUCUUCGCUGUUGUGGCUGUGCAACUGUUUAAGGGCCGCUUCUUCUACUGCACAGACGAAUCCAAAGAGUUUGAACGAGACUGCAGGGGCGAAUAUUUAGUCUAUGAAAAAGAAGAGGUAAAAGCCGAGAAGCGGGAAUGGAAGAAGUACGAUUUUCACUACGACAACGUGGCUUGGGCCUUGCUCACCCUCUUCACCGUCUCCACCGGAGAGGGGUGGCCACAGGUGUUAAAGCACUCAGUGGACUCCACUUAUGAGGAUCAGGGCCCAAGCCCGGGUUACAGGAUGGAAAUGUCCAUCUUUUACGUGGUGUACUUCGUUGUCUUCCCUUUCUUCUUUGUAAACAUCUUUGUGGCUCUCAUCAUCAUCACCUUUCAGGAGCAAGGGGAUAAGAUGAUGGAGGACUACAGCUUAGAAAAGAACGAAAGAGCCUGUAUAGAUUUUGCCAUUAAUGCCAAGCCUCUGACACGCCACAUGCCAAAGAACAAACUGAGCUUCCAGUAUCGCAUGUGGCAUUUUGUUGUGUCCCCUCCCUUUGAGUACAGCAUCAUGGCUCUGAUUGCACUCAACACAAUUGUCCUCAUGAUGAAGUUUCAUGGUGCAUCUCAAACUUACGAUGAUGUGCUAAAGUACCUAAACAUGGUGUUCACCACCUUCUUCUUUAUGGAAUCUAUCCUGAAAGUCAUUGCUUUUGGUCCUUUGAAUUACUUCAGAGACGCCUGGAACGUUUUUGAUUUUGUCUCAGUCGUUGGAAGCAUUACUGACAUAUUGGUAACAGAGUUUUGGGAUAAUUUCAUCAACUUGAGCUUCCUGAGGCUUUUCAGGGCGGCUCGCCUCAUUAAACUCCUGAGACAGGGGGAAACAAUUCGGAUCUUACUCUGGACAUUUGUCCAGUCCUUCAAGGCUCUGCCAUAUGUGUGUUUGCUCAUUGCCAUGCUCUUCUUCAUCUACGCCAUCAUCGGCAUGCAGUUGUUUGGGAACAUUGCUCUGGACGAGGAGGAAGAAAGCGCCAUCAAUGAGCACAACAACUUCAGGACCUUCAUUAUGGCCCUAAUGCUGUUAUUCAGGAGUGCUACAGGUGAAGCGUGGCAUGACAUCAUGUUAGCGUGCCUGGGAGAGAAGAAAUGCGACCCAGACUCAGGAAACACAGGGAAGGAGUGUGGCAGCACCUUUGCCUACACCUACUUUGUCUCCUUUAUUUUCCUCUGCUCCUUCCUGAUGCUGAAUCUCUUUGUGGCUGUCAUCAUGGACAAUUUUGAGUACCUGACCAGAGACUCGUCUAUCCUGGGGCCGCACCAUUUGGACGAAUAUGUAAGAAUAUGGGCUGAGUACGACCCGGCUGCCUGCGGGCGCAUACAUUAUAAGGAUAUGUACAGUUUAUUACGAGUUAUCUCCCCUCCUCUGGGCCUUGGCAAGAAAUGCCCACAUAGGGUGGCCUGCAAGAGGCUCCUUCGCAUGGAUCUGCCGGUUGCCGAUGACAACACAGUGCAUUUUAACUCCACCCUGAUGGCUCUGAUCAGGACAGCACUGGACAUAAAGAUUGCCAAGGGCGGUGCAGAUAAGCACCAGAUGGAUGCAGAGCUGAGAAAGGAGAUGAUGGCUAUCUGGCCAAAUUUAUCACAGAAGACGCUGGACCUGCUGGUGACUCCACACAAGGCAGCCACAGACUUGACGGUGGGCAAAAUCUACGCUGCCAUGAUGAUCAUGGAAUACUACAAACAGAGCAAGACCAAAAAGCUGCAGGCCCUGCAAGAGGAACAGUGCUCCUCCCUUCCUAACCGAACGCCAUUAAUGUUUCAGCGCAUGGAGCCACCCUCUGAGGGAGGGGGCACGGACGGCCAGGGGGGGCAAGGCCAGAAUGGUCUCCCCAGCAAUCAGCUGGACAACAUCAACAGCAUACCUCCUGAAGGUGGCAUGACAGAAAGCCAGUCAUGGAUGACUGCUAAAGCACAGGAGAUGUUCCAAAAGACUGGCAACUGGAGCCCGGACCGACCCUACCCUGACGACGUCCAUGAAAACCGCCACAAUCCCCAGAAUGUAGAGAUGAGGGAGAUGGGGCGGGACGGGUACUCCGACACUGAGCCCUGUCACCCAGUGGAUGGGCAUGGGCGGACCCUCUCCAUGCCCCGCCUCUCGGCAGACAACCAACGGAGGAGACACAGACCCCGUGGAAAUAACCUCAGUACCAUCACCGACAACAGUCCAAUGCGCCGCUCUACCUCCAGCCUAGUCCACGGGCGUUCCGGUCGUGGAGUGAGGCUGGAUGACUACUCGCUGGAGAGGGUGGUCUCUGAGGAGGGGAGACACGGCGGUGGACGCAGGCACAGGGACCGAAGUCAUCGCACUUCACAGCGAUCACUGACCAGAUAUACAGACGCCGACACAGGUAUCAUAUCUAUUUCAUGUCUAGGUCUGGGCACAGACCUCAGCACCACGACACAGUCAGGUGAUCUGCCUCCCAAGGAGCGUGAGCGGGACCGUGGGCGUACCAAGGACCGGCGUCAUCACCACCACCAUCACCGUCAUCACAACUCAAUGGACAAGGAACGCUAUGACCGCCAUGACUACCCACAUAGACAUCCCCAUGACCGCCACUGGUCCCGGUCUCCCAGCGAAGGGCCUGACGGACGAGGUCACAGACAGGGCAGUAGUUCGGUAAGUGGCAGCCCGGUCCCCUCCACCUCGGGGACCAGCACUCCAAGGAGAGGCCGCCGCCAGCUACCACAGACUCCUGCUGUCCCACGUCCACACGUCACCUACUCCCCCGCUGUCCGAAAGCCUCUCUAUGGUCCCCCGGGUCCAGGCCGAUUGCGUUCACCCUCCCCUCGUCACUUCUCUCCGCCUGAUCACGACAGAGGCUACCACCAACGACCCCCGUCCCGUCACGCCUCUCCACACCAUGGGGGCUCCUCGUCCAGGCACGGUUCGCCACGCUCGCCUCGGCAUCAGUCCCCGCACUCGCCUCUCCAGGGGUCGCCUCGGUCUCCACACCGAAACCGCUGGAGCGGCCCCCCACCAGGGGACAGCCUAGAGGGUGACGGGCCCUUCUAUGAGAGAGAUUACGAGUACGAGCGGCACCAUGAGCCUCCCGCCUAUGAGCAGAGCCUAUCCCAUGGCAACCCUCAUCCACAUGGUGGAAAUCCUCACCCGCACCCACGCUCACCAAGGACUGCUCGUCAUGGGCCCCCUCCACCCCCUCACCCGCAUCCACGUAGGGUUCCUAAUGGCUACCGUUCAUCCUCACCUUCCCCACAAAGGAGGGGACCACCAGGGGCACCCCACCCUCACCACCGGGCUCCCCAUGCCAGAGGGCCACGCAAGGGCCUCCAUGAACCUUACAGUGAAACGGAUGAGGAUGACUGGUGCUAGCAUCGGCAUGAGAUGCAGACAGCAGAAGAGAAUAAGAACCACCAACUCUAGUGCUCUGGCAUAUAUGUAAACUUUUAACAAUGUAAUGGUAAGGGUUUUGAGGCCCCCUACCUUCCCCCUUUAGACUCUAAAAGAGAUGUGGGGGUGAAGGUAGAGGGGUAAUGGUGCUGCUAGAAGCCUUUUACACGUUUUACAGAGAGGCAAAGUCGUUGACAGAGCAGCACAUGGGUUAUGCUAAUAUCAAGAAGGUCCAGAGACCUUAGGCAAGGCCAGGGCACUGUUUACCUCUGGCUCUCUCAGUCUCAGAACUGCACUUCCCAUAACUAGCCUGCACCGUCAAGGUCCAGUUAAAAGGGAAGAGAGAGUUGAGGGUACACAGGUCAAAGGAGGAGCAUGAGGUUCUAAAACAAUGUGAUGGGAUUGUUCCAAGGCCUAACAGCACUUCGCUCGGACUGGCACCCGAUUGCUUAGAUUUGUCAGAUGUGUGCAAGCUCUUACUGGCCAGACUACUUCGGAAAACAGAAAAUAAGCUGGAAUAAGGAGGACGCUGGUUUGACUCUGCUCUAAAACAAAUAAUGUUUUAAGUCAAAAAAAAAAAUAAGGUAGUAAAAAAAGCCAGGAUCCCUCCACCAACCCUUACAUGCCAAGCUAUGCCUCCAGAAAAUGAAACUUGAACAAUGAAGAAGACAGUGAAACUACACGAGAGUGAAAUUUUAAAAAAAGGGAGUACUUUAACUUUAUCUUUAUGAUCUCUCUGUGUCCAAGGGGACAGCACCUAUGAAGCUCCACCUAUACUGCAAAACCCAGCCGAUCACAGUGCUGGCUGAUAUUUGAUGAGUUUUAUCAUCUCUGUUUACUGUUAUGGACUCACCUGAUGGGGAAGGAACUGCUCUGACAUCACUUCCUGUCCAGAUGGCAGUGGAUGAAAAAGUGGUGAGGCCCAACGUAGGCUCACUUUCUGUUAAAGAGCACCGGAGGGUUGGGCCCAGGUUACUAGAGAGGGGAGCUGGUCACUGUUUUCAAUCCUUUCCCUACUCUAUUGAUCGACCCAGCAUACAGAGAAAGAAGACCCGACAGGAAAUGACAUCACGCAGUUGAACAUGGCGGAGGAUAGGAAAGGAGGGAUGGGGGAAAGAACAGACUAAUUUCUUCAGUAUUUCUUCUAUCGAUUACGCCUCCUUGUUCUUCUUCGGACAUUUGGAGCUUGGUUCUUCUGUUGCAUUCGCUCAGCCUCCUUUGAUCUUUUUCAGAGUCCAAAAAUUGAUGGAAACCUGCAUGAUUGAUAUAAUCCAUACUAGAAAGGAAAUCUAAGUGGUGUGGGUGGGAUUGGGACCUGGGGGGCUUUAUAGGAAACUUAACAUUUAGGUUCACAAAAAAAUAAGUUAUCUUCUCUCAGAUGCUCUCUCUCUCUCUCUUUCUGUGUCUCUGACUUUCGUAUCUGUCAAAGGUUAAAAAAAGUUGCUAGUUUUUUUUUUGUUUCUUACCUAAAACAGAAUUUAACAGAUUGACGGGUAUUCUACUUGUCUCAGUUUUCUGUUGAAAGCUCGGUUUCUGCAAUCUGUCAAGAGACAAACAAACAAAAAAAAAAACCUUUACAGAGUCAUGUUAGUGUUAAUGUCUUUUGAGAAAUAAAAGGGGGAGAGAGAGAGAGAGAGAGGAGAGAAGGAAACUUAUGCCACACUUAAGUUGCUGUUGUUGAUUAUAACAGAAAUUAAUAAUGACUUUUAAUGUCAAUGCAAAUGAGUGACAAUGAUAAUACUGGUGAUGAUUGACUGAAUGUUAGAACCGUUGCUGUAGACUUGCUGUCAUGUUAAUUGGAGUUCAGCUAUGUCCAUCUAGUUUUUCCAUCCCUUCUGUUGAUAUCCCGUGUUUAGUGAUGUUUACCAGGUUCCUGAUGCCUUUGUGCAAUAUUUUUGGGCAAUGAUGGUUUUGCGAAGACUCACUCAGCAGAGUUGCGUGUUGUAACGCAGCGCUAAGCGAAGAUGCAUUCUCUCUCCGGGACAGGCGGAGGUCAGGGGAGUCUCAGUAUCUGUCCUGCAGUGACCCAUAGGGUCUCAUCAAGCCAACCCAAAGAUCAGUAACUCAUGUUUAGAGUGAAGGAGUACAACAUAUUGAGAAUGUGAAAGCUGAUUUUAUGUUCCUCUUCUUCUUCUAGGGUUGACCUUCACCAACUCGUUGCCCAAAAAAACAAGAAAAAAUCUAUGAAUCUACAGCUUUUUUUCCCCCUUUGUUUUCGGCUCAAUAGUUUAGCUGUGGGACUAGUUGCCAGCACUGAAAGCACAGCAUUGGUGGUACAGGGUUGGUGUCAGUCAGAUGGUGUUUUUGCCACUAGAGGGCAGUUAUCAGCACCCAUUUUUCCCCCCCCCCUGCCUUCCCCCUCUACUGAACAGUGCUUUUUGGCCACAUCCUAAUGUUCUGUCUUGCAAUCAACUUUCCACUUUCUAUAAAAGUUGUAAUGAAUAUGAAUCCAAUUCUUUGUCAGGAAACAUUGAUGCGCCCUGAGAGCUGCUGUAUCUUUCCAUUUGUCACUCCAUCUUCCACCUGCCCUCCCUUCAACCUUUUCUGUGAAGACACCCCCGCCCAGUUAAACUGAGUUUGUAGCAAAUCUGAAUCUUUCUCUGCCAAACAAAAAGCAAAUCAUUUAAGCAGCCACCACCUUUCCUUUCCCCAUCAAACGUUAUGUCAGUUCAUUUGCUUUAACAUCUGUUCAUUUAGCUUUUUAAAGACCUACGCUACACCACGGGAGAGAAACGACACGCACUGGAAUAAUAUUUUUAACCCUUACUGUUAUGGGGGACGACAGUUAUUGAAUGAUCGUUAAUUCUAGAAUAAAAGAAUAGAGCAUAGAUAAAGAUAGUGUAUUACCUUAAGAUGAACAUAGAUAUAAUGUUGUAGAUGUAGUUAUAAACAAAAAUAUAAAGUAUAGAGUUUUGAAUAUUUAUUUAUUUUGCAUACUAGUGCUACUUUUUUCAUGCAAUUGCAGGAAUCAGAGACAAACUGCAGUACACCCACAUUUUGACUCUAUGCAGACCACAUUCGCAUCUUCGGAGGGGAACCUGCGGCCGCAAAGUGCUGCAAAGCAAAUUCAUGAAACAGGAAUCUGCACUUCUGAGACAGCGUAAAAAAAAAAACCUGAUGCCACUUGUUCACCUCAUCAUGCUACGUCACACUCACAGCGAAAUUUCCUUUUUUAUGUACAUCUCUUGCCGCCUCUGUUUUAGCCCUUCCGUGGCAGAUCCCUUCUCCCUGUUCAAAUUUCUCUGCUUUCUUGAGAUUGGUUGCCUCCAGGCUAUGAUUUUAAGCAUAGCAUGAUGAAUUGGAUUGGGGAUGUUUUUUUUUUUUUUGUUUUGUUUUUUCGUUCAGUGGAAGUAAAGGGGUGCUUACCAUAAGACCUUCUGUCCUCACCUUCCAAGACGUUACAGCAGGUGAGGAUUGUUCUCCAAAGCCCCCGACAGAGCCACAGUGCCUUCUGUAUCUCAGUCACAUUCAUCACUCCCUAAAUCCCCACUCACCGUUGCUCUCGUCAGUAACCCCCUCCCCCUUGACCCCCAUCCCCCCUUGUGUAGUAUAUGUGAUCAACCACGCUACGCCUUAAAAUCAAAUCUCACCGGCUCCCAUGCUAGCAUUUGAAACAGGGAGAGUGAUGAUUUUGAAACUGGGCCACGGUCAGGAAUCGGUCAAGAGGCUAGGCUUGAUGCUCAUUCAGAAUGGGCUGAACUAUUUAAAUCUCCCAUUCAGGCACUCAGUUUUGUAACAGCUAUAAAAAAAAAAAAACAUAAGAGACCCUCAGUUUCAACCUGAGCCUUGUGGAUUUGACUUUUUAAGACUCAACGGCCAUCAUUUCCAGAUCCUGCUAGCUGGCUAGCCCCUUUGGCUGCGGCAUGGCGCCAGUUUAUGUCCAUCCCACAGUUGUCCUGUGUACAGUUUCAGAUGACGUAGUUAGAGGUUUACAGAGGUGCAAAGCUUUCCGCUUACUUCUCAGGUCCCUCUAGAGCUAGGUAGCUAGUUAAGACUGCAUAGAGAAGAAACCGCUACAGAACAGGCAGCUCUCGGAUUGAGUUAUUGUAUGGUUUUACUUGGCAUGGUAUCUUAUUGUUGAUCUCACCCCUCUCCUUUCAUGACAAGUACAUUAUGCACUUCAAGCUCUUACAUUUCCAUCAAAAGCCUGCAGAACGCACCAAAACGUCACAACUUUCACUUUGGCUCCACUCGCUCGUCCUGAAUUGUAACAGCGGAUCCCAAAAAAAGCCGACACACAACAUUGCCCUUGUGUGAAAGCAUGUUGUGUGUAUGCGCUUUUUCCAAAACCUUUUCCCAUUAGUUUGGAAAAAAGCAAACAUCUAUACUUUGUUUUGUUUUUUUCAGUAUGAUAUGGUUAUUUUAUGAAACACAGUUUAGGGGGGAAUGCAAGGUUUUUGCAUCACCAUCACCUGUCUUUCUGUGUGUUUUCUGUCCUAACCCCUGGCAUUCGUCACCCUUUGUUGUUAAUAUGUGAGAAAUUGUUUUCGUUUUUUCCUUUCUUCUUCCCCAUGGGAUGAAGGAAAAAAACUAACAAACGCAGCACCCAUCCGCUCAGUCGGCUGUGAAAUUGUGUCAGUGGGUCAGUUGUAAGGUAACGUGUUGACAAAAACACAAAAAGGGCUCUCUUUUAAGAAAAAAAAAAAAACUACACAGUGGGGAUUAAUGUACAGUAGUGCUGCCAAAACUUGUGCUUAUGUAGCUAAAGCCACGCUGUGGUCUCCCCUUUGUACAGCACUAUAUUGCGUGCAUGCGGGCGUGUGUGCGUGCGUAUGUGAGUGCGCGUGUGUGUAAGGAGGCGGGACUUAGGAGGAGGGCCAAAACAAGAUGAGUGGCUGAUGUUGGGGGUACUGUUUUGGUUGGAGGGUGGGUGCUUCAGGUGGGCACAGCAGCAGGAGUUUUACUGAUGUUGAUACACAAUUUCACAAUGGCACUGGACCACUUUCCGAACUCACGCUCAGACGCCAUUUUUUUUUUCACCUCCUACCGAUCCUCAUCUACUCCUACUUCGAGAGGGGCAGGGCUACUGCUGUGACAGGGAGACAUUUUCCUUGGUGACUGUCUGUAUGUUGUGUCUGAGAGUGUAUAUGUGUUCACCAUGCGGAUUAACUAGUGUUUACGUUUCCUAAGGCUGAAACUGUUUUAUCAAGUGUGCAUUAUGGGCCCCGAUGUUGUUUGGGGAAAAAGACUGAGAUUUGCACCUAACAACCCACACGCAAACAGAGUUAUUCACGGAUGAAAAACAGAUAGAAAUAAAACCUUACAAAGACUUAGUUGUUUUAUCGAUUUGUGGUGCAUAAAUGUGGACUAGAUAUUUGUGGAUUAUUAGAAAUAAUGACACUUUGCGGCCAAAAUAACAUUUGAGGAUUUGUUGGGGGGUUUUCAACAGCUUUUUCUCUUUCGCUUUACUAUGUCCCCAUUUCACGUUAAAUAUAACUUCAAUGUAUUAAGGACUCUGAAGAAAUGAGUCCCAUUACCUAUUUUUACUUACGGUAGAUCCUAGAAAAUAAAUUCAAAACAUGGAUGGCAAAACAUCCCUAAAUAAUGAAUGGACGAUCGGUACAAAAAGUAUCAGAGAGGGGAGAAAGUUGCGUAUGAAAUGAUCAAAAUUACAGUAGUGAGAAACUACAAGUUGUAAAAAUGACCGGUAGUUUCAUUAGCUUAGCGCUGCUUUCACUGUCCUCAAGAUUAAAUGUUGACUAUGCUCCUAUCCUAACCUUGCCUGCAAGAUAAUUUCACAUGAUAUUUGUGCGUUCACAAACGAUAAUGAGCAGCAUGGAGAGUGCUACACAUUAUUAAUCUGGCUGGCCAGGUUAGCUAUCCACUGGUGUUGCAUUUGUAUUACAGCGUUUUUUGGUUUUUCAUUUUAAUACCAAGAAUGCAAAUACUGUACUUAAAUAAAAAUAAAUAAAGAGAAUGAAAUGUUUUAACAUUUUAAAACUAAGUAAAACUGUAGAUCUGAUCUGAUUCAACAAUGUUAAACUAACGCUUUUUGUUGGGUAGGGUGGGGUUUCUAGAGCAUGAAUCCCAUGACAAAAUACGUUUUUUAAAUGAUUUGCUUACUUUAAAACGUAACCUGAAGUUUAAAAUACAUACGUUAACAUUUAGAAGACAACGACUUAACAUCCAAACAAAGUCUACCCCCAAAAGAGGUAUUUAGCACAUUAGAAAUUAAGACAUUUCCCCCCUUAGCAGGGAAAUGUAUCAGCUUUUAAAUUUCUAAUUAGUUUGAUUAAAUGCCUAAUUGAUUAGAUGUUUCAGCCCUUAUUGUGUGCUUGGGUGAGUGAAUUGUGCCAGUCCGUUCGUUGUCACGUGUCCAAGUGUGUCCUCACACCAUCAGCCGCAGAAGGUAACCCUCAGUGCCUUACACUGUACAGGACAUGAUGACUCUCUCCUCUCAUGAUUAUCACUGCAUCAUCUCCUUCAUCUCUCACCCUUACUCAUUCCCACACUGGAUGGGUAAGAAGUGUGUGUGUGUGUGUUUGUGUGUGUGUGUUGGUGGAUGUGUGAAAGAGUGAAACGUGGAGGAGUUGGUUGAUAAUCUUGUGAUGUGUCUUAUUCAUCCUCUCACCGUGUCUCAUGUCACCAGAUGUACAUUUGGCUCUGUAAUUUCUAUGUAUAUAUUCCAUAAAGUUUCUGAAGAACCCACCGUGUUCAUCGUCAUUCAUUCUGUUACGGCCUUUUUUGCAGAUUUCUUUCUACCCCUUUUGGUCAUUCCGGCACAUUGUGCAUGCUACACCAUUUUGUUGUGCAUGCUAUGCCAUUUUUGAACACAAGGUUGCAGGAUUAAGCUUUCUUUUGUCAUCAUCAGUGAGACGGGAGAAGGCUUAGUUCAUGCCUGUCUGUGUGGGUGUGAAUUCUCUGUGAGAGUCUGUCUUCAACAUGGCUGUGUUUCCUACACUUUAUGGAGCCAAACAGACUUUAGAACUGACAAAUAUAGGUUUCCUGGAUUGUUGACCUGCAUUUUGGGACUCUAGCAAACAGAAAUUAGGUAAAGUACACCAUAAGAAAGAGUUGUUUUGUCAUAGAGAUUUCUGCAGACACAUAUUGCAGGUGUUUGUGUUAUUUUGCAAACUGCUUUGUGCCUGCUUGUUGAAAUUAAGGUUAAUACUUCUCUAACGCACGUUUGGCUCCAUAAACCUACACGGACGUUCAUUAAAUUGAUAUUUCUAAAACAUGGGUUAGAUGUCUCCUGUCGCCUCUCCGUCCCUGAAGGACCCCUCUCUCCAUUUUCAUUUCUCUCUCUACAUCUUUCAUCCUUAAUUUUGUCUUCUCCAUUUGUUUCCAUGAGCUCAGCAGAGACAAGUUGCUUCAAGGAAUUUAUCCUCAGCAUUUUGUUCUUACAGUUGGCAUUAAAGAUGCUCCAGGCAGAAGGAAAUACCUAAAAAGUGCCAAAUUUGAUCAAGAGCAGCCCAUAUUUAUCUGUUUUCUUCUUAAUAAACUACUAGACUUAUUUUUAGUCAGAAAGGAUUUUAGAUACUCAAACUAUGUUUAUAACUGAGGAAUAAACUUUUUAAACAACAUGGUUUGUUGAGACAGCCUAUUGUUAUAUAGCCACAAUCCAACAAAAAUUAUGCUAAACAAGAAAAAAAAAAUAACGGUGACUUGAGGAGUUUUCAGACUAAAUUGUUUCAAACAUAUAAACUUAGAGAGCACGCUGAAUAACCAGUAUUUCCAAUGGUACCAGUUUCCCACAAAUGGUUGAAUAUUUCAAAGGAUCCAAACACAAAAUAGUGUUUUUCUGUGCAGAGAUGCGGCGGGAGAACUCUCUGAAGCAACUGCAAAGCAUCCAUCCCAUAAUGAAGCAUACCAUCCGACGCUCGACCCAGUAGAAACCGAACCAGUGCCACACUAGAAAACCAUACAGGAUUCAUUCAGCAAGUUAGGGGAAAAAA